AUGGCCAAUAUCUUUCAACCAUCAUCUAUGACUAUCCCUAUCUUUAAUGGUGAAAACUAUGAUUUUUGGAGCAUUAAAAUGAAGACAUUUUUUUGCUUCCAAGAUUUAUGGGACAUUGUAGAUGAAGGAUUUACUAUUCCAGAAUAUCUUUCAACUCUCAAUGCUAAUCAGAAAAAAGAGUUGAAAGAAAAUAAACAAAAAGAUUCAAAGGCACUAUUAUUUCUACAACAAGCGGUAGAAGAUAACAUCUUUCCGAGAAUAAUGGGAGCUACAAGUGCCAAAGAUGCAUGGGGUACAUUGAAGGAGAAGUUUCAAGGAAGUGAUAAGGUACGUGCCAUUAAACUUCAAACUCUAAGGCGUGAGUUUGAAUUAAUACAAAUGAAAGAGUCUGAGACCGUAAAAGACUACUAUACUAAAAUAAAUGAAUUAGUGAGUCAAAUGAGAUCAUACGGGGAAAAUAUUCUCGACAAAAGAAUUGUUGAGAAAAUUAUAAUUUCGAUUCCUUGUAAAUAUGAUGCAAUCGUGACUACGAUUGAACAAACCAAAGAUCUAUCUACUAUGUCGGUGACAGAAUUAAUAGGCUCACUAGAAGCUUAUGAGCAAAGAUUGAGUAGGCAUGAUGACAAUACAUUUGAAAAUGCCUUUCAAUCAAAGCUCAAAUUACGACUGGGAAAUGGCACUGUUGUAGAAUCUAAAGGCAAAGGCACUGUGAUGGUGGAGACUAAUAAAGGUACGAGAUUCAUCAAAGAUGUCUUGUUGGUUCCCAAUCUCAAAGAAAAUCUAUUGAGUAUUGGUCAAAUGAUGGAGAAAGUCUAUAUUCUUCACUUUGAAGGAGACACAUGUUCAAUAUAUGACAAUAAAAGAAAUGAGAUAGCCAGAGUAAAAAUGGACAAAAGGAAUAGAAGCUUUCCAAUAAACUUCAAAUAUACUCCAAUACGACAAUCAGACAUAGAGGAUAUGGAACACGCAAUAGAAGAACCAGGUACGCUACUUUCACCUUCAAAACAAGAGAUUUAUUCACCGGAAUCUACUCCAACAAGAAUAAAAUCAUUGGUGGAUAUAUAUGAAACCUGCAACUUUUCCAUGCUUGAUUCUAAAAGUUAUCAAGUGGCGUCAAAACAACUAUGGACAAAAGACAAUCAAGAAAAACUUCCAAGACUAAGAAAACCUUUAUAUGGACUCAAGAAAGCUCAUCCAGAAUGGUACAAUAGAAUUGAUCACUGUCUCAUCAAACGAGGAUUCGGAAAGAACAAGUUUUGA